AUGGGCUUCGUUGGCAAAAGAGCCAUCGCCACUAAAGCGAUAGGAAAAAUACUCGAAAUCCCAGUUUUCGAGCUUCUUGGGUACAUUGACCAACCUGUCCAAAUGGGUCUAUCUUGCUUUGGAGAGUUAGUUUAUGACUCAAUCCAAUCCUACAGGAGAGUUGGAAUUUAUCCAGAAAUCGAACACAGUUUACAGAAGUUGCAAAAAGAGGCACGUCAAGCAAGUUCUUCAUCUACUGGUCUUAAUAUAGCCCUUAGUUCAGCAUCCCACAGUUCAUCCAGUGAUCCAGAUUUAGAAAUAGAAGAAGAUAUGGCCACUGGCAAAACAUUAAAGGAGUUGGCUGCCCCUGAUUUUAAUCAGCAGCCUUUGUGUAUUCAGUACCUUACUUUAGAUGUUGCUUUUGAACUUAAGUCUGGUCUAAUUCACUUGUUGCCUACAUUUCAUGGUCAUGCAGGUGAAGAUCCAAAUAAACAUCUAAAAGAGUUCCACAUAGUUUGUUCAAGCAUGAAACCGAUAGGGGUGACAGAGGAGCAGAUUAAGUUGCAAGCUUUCCCUUUUUCAUUGGGGGAUGAUACAAAGGAGUGGCUCUAUUAUCUAUCAUCGGGAGCAGUCACAACAUGGAACGAGAUGAAAAGGCUAUUCUUAGAAAGAUAUUUCCCAGCAUCAAGAGCUACCACCAUCAGGAAAGAGAUAUGUGGUAUAAAGCAAUAUAAUGAAGAGACAUUGUAUGAAUAUUGGGAGAGAUUCAAGAAGCUAUGUCCAAGCUGUCCUCACCACCAGAUAAGUGAUCAAUUGUUAAUUCAGUAUCUCUAUGAAGGACUGCUGCCUAUGGAAAGAAACAUGAUAGAUGCAACAAAUGGAGGUGCGUUGGUGGAUAAAACUCCUGAAGCUGCCAAACAUUUAAUCUCAAACAUGGCUGCCAAUUCCCAAUAGUUUGGUACAAGACAAGAUGCACCACCCAAAAAGGUGAAUGAGGUAAGUUGGAGGGAUCAUCCGAAUUUUAAUUAUGGAGGAAAUAGACAAGUAGGAGUUGGACAAAAUUUCUUCCAAAAUAGACAACAACAAGGUUUUCAAUCGAAGCAACCUGCCUCACAGAGUUCAAACUCAUCCCUGGAAAAUAUAGUUAAGUCCCUUACUUUGAAUAGCAAACAGUUUCAACAAGAUAUAAGAUCUAGUAUUAAAAGUCUGGAGAAUCAGAUGGGUCAAAUGGCAACUGCUAUAAGUCGUUUAGAGGCUCAAGUUAGAGGGAAGUUGCCUUCUCAAACAGUGGUGAAUCCAAACGAAAAUAUGAAUGCAGUGACGCUAAGAAGUGGUAAGAAAGUGGAAGAACCAAAGCUGAACAUUCCAAGUUCAAAGAAAGAAGAGAAGGAUAAAGAAAUUUUGGAGAUGUUUCGCAAGGUGGAAGUGAAUAUACCUUUGUUGGAUGCAAUAAAGCAAGUGCCAAGGUAUGCAAAAUUUCUUAAGGAGCUAUGCACCAAUAAGCGGAAGUUGAACGGUGAUGAGAAGAUAAUAAUGGGAGAAAAUGUGUCAGCAGUCUUCCAAAGAAAACUUCCUCCCAAGUGCAAGGAUCCAGGUAUGUUUACAAUUCCUUGUAAGAUAGGUAACACCAGAAUUGAGAGAGCUAUGUUAGAUUUAGCAGCUUCGAUUAAUGUUAUGCCACAAUCUAUUUAUGCUUCAUUAAAUCUAGGUCCUGUGAAAGAUACUGGUUUUAUUAUCCAAUUGGUUGAUCGCACUAAUGCAUACCCUGAAGGGGUAGUUGAAGAUGUUCUUGUGCAGGUCAAUGACUUAGUGUUUCCUGCUGAUUUUUACAUUCUAGAUAUGGAUGAUUCUUCUUCUCCUAACCCUGCACCUAUCUUACUGGGAAGACCAUUUCUUAAAACAGCUCGGACAAAAAUAGAUGUUCAUUAUGGUACCCUCACGGUGGAAUUUGAUGGUGAAGUAAUUCGUUUUAAUAUUUUUGAUGCCAUGAAAUACCCAACUGAUGUUCAGUCUAUUUUUGCUAUUGAUGCUGUUGAUUCCAUAGCACAAGAGAUCUUUGAGCUAAAUAAUGCAGAUGAGUUAGAGGUUGCCCUUAACAAACGUGUGGAAUCAGAGGAGAAAGGUGAGAUAGAGCUAAGUGAAGAAUUGAAGGAGACAGUGGCAGCUUUACGUUCUUUAAAACCAAUUCCAGAAUGGUAUGGAGUUUCUUUUAUAAAGCUGCCUGAUUCUCACCAAAAAUUAUUGCCUUCUGUUUUCCAAGCCCCUACACUGGAUUUGAAGCCAUUACUGGCCCAUUUGAAGUAUGUGUACUUGGGAGAAAAUGAGACACUGCCAGUAAUUAUGUCGAAGAAGUUAACACCCAAUCAAGAAGAGAAACUGGUUCGAAUGCUGCGGGAACAUAAGGAAGCGAUUGGCUAGACCAUAGCUGACAUUAAGGGGAUUAGUCCUUCCAUAUGCAUGCAUCGGAUUUUGCUUGAAGAAGGUGCCAAACCAACACAGGAAGCGCAACGUAGAUUAAAUACACCAAUGAUGGAUGUGGUGAAAAAAGAAAUCCUAAAGCUUUUAGAUGCUGGGGUAAUUUAUUCGAUUUCAGACAGUAAGUGGGUAAGUCCAGUGCAAGUGGUCCCCAAGAAAUCUGGUGUUACAGUUGUGAAAAAUCAAGACAAUGAGUUGGUCCCUACAUAUGUUCAGACAAGCUGAUAUAGAAUAGAGGUUGAUAAGUCUAAGAUAGAUUUGGUUACAACUUUACCUUACCCCGCCAGUGUGCGGGAAGUUCGAUCUUUUCUUGGCCAUGCAGGUUUCUAUCGGAGAUUUAUCAAGAACUUUUCAAAAAUCGCAUUGCCCCUAUGCAGAUUGUUACAAAAGGAUGUGGCUUUUCAGUUUGAUGAGCAGUGCAAGGAGUUAUUUGACAAGUUGAAAACAUUAUUGACGACAGCACCAGUGAUACAACCACCUAAUUGGGAUCUAUCUUUCGAAAUUAUGUGUGAUGCGAGCAACUACACAUUAGGUGUUGUCUUGGGUCAAAGAGUUGGCAGAGCUUGUCACGCCAUUUAUUAUGCAUCCAAGACCUUGAAUGGCGCCCAGCUUAAUUAUUCUACGACUAAAAAAGAACUUUUAUCUGUUGUUUUUGCUUUAGAAAAAUUUCGGUCAUAUUUGUUGUGUGCUAAAGUCGUUGUUUUUUCUGAUCAUGCAGCUCUUAGGUACUUGCUCAUAAAGAAGGAGGCAAAACCAAGGCUAAUUAGAUGGAUUCUUCUACUCCAGGAAUUUGAUUUGGAGAUUAAAGAUAAAAAGGGAGCAGAGAAUGUUGUACCAGACUACCUUUGCUGUUUGGUUCGUGACAAAGAUGAGCUUCCUUUACGAGAAACAUUUCCGGAUGAGCAAUUGUUUUCCAUUGAAAUGGUGUCACCAUGGUAUGCAGAUAUUGUAAAUUUUUUAGUUACUAACAUGUUGCCAAAGGAUUUGACUAUAGCUCAAAAGGACAAGAUCAAGAGUGAUGCUAAGUAUUUUGCCUAGGACGAUCCAUAUAUGUGGAAGCAUUGUGCUGACCAAGUGAUAAGAAGGUGCGUACCUAAACAUGAAUUUAUUCCUAUUUUAACCUUCUGUCAUACCUGUGCAUGUGGAGGACAUUUUGGACCACGGAGGAUAGCUUGUAAGGUAUUGGAAUGCGGUUUUUAUUGCCCAUCAUUGUUCAAGGAUGCCUACAUGUUCUGUAAGUCAUGUGAUAAUUGCCAAAGAAUAGGAAACAUUUCUCGUAGAGAUCAAAUGCCACAAUCUCCUAUAUUAAUUAUUGAAAAUUUUUAUGUCUGGGGCAUUGAUUUUAUGGGUCCAUUUCCUAUUUCCUUUGGGCAUGUUUAUAUUAUUUUAGCUGUUGAUUAUGUUUCCAAAUGGGUGGAGGCGAAAGCCACCAGAACUGACACUUCAAAGGUUGUUGUAUAUUUUGUUAAAACUAACAUUUUUGUCAGGUUUGGGAUACCAAGGGCCAUAAUUAGUGAUAAGGGCACUCAUUUUUGCAACAGGACAAUGGAGGCAUUGCUUAAGAAAUACCAUGUCACACACAAGGUUUCCACAUCGUACCAACCACAAACUAAUGGCCAAGCUGGUGCAAAUAGAGAGAUCAAGUCAAUUUUGGAAAAGACAGUGAACCCAAAUAGGAAGGAUUGGUCUUUGAGAUUAGAUGAUGCAUUAUGGGGAUACAGAACAGCAUAUAAGACACCUAUUGGCAUGUCCCCAUACAGAUUAGUGUUCGGUAAGCCGUGUCAUCUUCUAGUAGAAUUAUAGCACAAGGCCUAUUGGGCAAUCAAGCAUUGCAAUAUGGAAAUGAAGGAAGCUGGCGUUAACAGAAAGUUGCAAUUGCAAGAACUUAAGGAGUUGAGGAAUGAUGCCUACGAGAGUUCACACAUCUACAAAGCAAAGACUAAGGCCUUUCAUGACAAGAUGAUCUCCAGGAAGAAUUUUUCUGUUGGACAGAGAGUCCUUCUUUUUCAUUCAAGGCUGAAGUUAUUUUCGAAUAAGUUAUGUUCUCGUUGGGUUGGACCUUUUAUUGUGACUAAUGUUUUUCGUCAUGGUGCAGUAGAAAUCCAAAGUUGUGAAAACACAAGGUGUUUAAGGUCAAUGGACAUAGGCUUAAACCUUACUAUGAAGGGUUCCAAGUUUGCAAAUUGA